AUGCGGUCGCAGCGCAGUAAUCAAAUGUUCAAACGUGCCGAAGUGCAGCCGCGCCGCGCCGCGCCGCGCCGCACCCCGCCUCUCUGCCGCGCAGUGCGGUCCCGGCCGUCGGCCUGCUGCUGGGGGGGCGAGCUGGCAACGCCACCCCGUGACGUCAGCGCCGGCUGCCGCUGCGGCUCUCUGCUGUGUGCGCCGCUCGCCCGGCUCAGUUCUGACAGAGAAGGCAGGCGGGCGGCAGCCAGGGGCGGCGCAGUGGCGUCCGCUGGAGCACCCGGGAGAGAGACAGAAACAUUCACAAUGGCAGCCGCCAAGGAGGUGCAAGAGGCUGCUGCUACGGAUGCUGGGGAAGGGGCCACGGUGACUCUGGUGGCCGGGGACACGCGGCUGGUGGCGCACAGGGCCGUCCUGGCAGACAGGAGCCCCGUGUUCGCCGCCAUGCUCUGCCAGGACACGCCGGAGGCCAGCAGCAGUGUGGUCACCGUCCCCGACGUCGAGGGCCCGGUGCUGCACCAGCUGCUGGCCUACAUGAACUCCCUCCAUGCUCCCGAGAUGCCCCGCAUGGCCCCAGAGCUGCUGGCAGCUGCAGACAGGUACGGCGUGUGGGAGCUGAAGGUCCAGUGUGAGGAGCAGCUGGCCAGUCAGCUGUCAGCAGAGAACGCGGCGCGCACGGCAGUGCUGGCAGUGAGGCACUCCUGUCCCAGCCUCGCAGAGGUCACUGUCGCCUUCAUAAAAGCCAACUCGCUGGUGUUUGCCACAGCGGGUUGGGCCGAUGCGGUCCUCAACCACCCUGAUGAGGUGGUCAAAGUGAGUCAGUUGCUCGGUGGGCCACUAACAGAAACCAGGUGUUUACCUACAUUGCAGCCUGCAGAGAUACUCCUGUUAGCACUGGACUCCUUCCUGCCUGUUGGCCAGUAG